AUGGUUUCAUUGGGAGGUGUAUAUAGUGUUGCUUAUGUGUUCUUGUUUGGUCUGACUUUGGUUUUGGCUGGUGAUAUAGUUCAUCAUGAUGAUGUUGCUCCAACAAGGCCUGGCUGUGAGAACAACUUUGUUCUGGUCAAAGUUCCAACUUGGAUCGAUGGUGUGGAAAACGAUGAGUAUGUUGGUGUCGGUGCAAGAUUUGGUCCUACAUUGGAAUCAAAAGAAGAACAUGCCACUCAUACCAGAGUUGUCAUGGCUGAUCCUCCCGAUUGUUGUAGCAAGCCUAAGAAUAAGCUCACCAGUGAGAUCAUAUUGGUGCACCGAGGAAAAUGUAGCUUCACAACCAAGGCAAAUAUAGCUGAUGAAGCCGGUGCUUCGGCCAUUCUCAUUAUAAACAAUCGUACAGAACUUUUCAAGAUGGUUUGUGAGGUAAAUGAAACUAAUGUUGAUAUUGGAAUUCCUACUGUUAUGCUUCCACAAGAUGCUGGAAUAAACUUGGAAAAACACAUACAGAAUAAAUCCAUAGUUUCCAUACAGUUAUACUCUCCACUGCGUCCGUUGGUUGAUGUUGCGGAAGUGUUUCUAUGGCUCAUGGCUGUCGGUACCAUUUUAUGUGCUUCUUAUUGGUCUGCUUGGACGGCAAGAGAAGCUGUUAUUGAGCAAGACAAGCUUCUAAAGGAUGAGAAGCUGUUAUUGAGCAAGACAAGCUUUUAA